AUGUUGCUCGCAAAGGCAGCCUCGCCCUGGAGCGCUGGCUCAGGGUCCAACCCCCCCGCGACUCCGCGCCUGCCGCCCCUUGAGGGCGAAGCCACUGCCAGACUGGUGCAGGGCCUGAAGAAGCUGCAGGACAGUGCUGAGCGCUUUGCACCCUGUCUAAGCGCCCGACCACUUCGCUCCAUCUCCUACUUGGGGCAGGUGGCCAACAGCCGACUUCAUGAGGCCGAUGUCGAGCUGGGGGCGCAUGAAAGUCAGGUCUAUGCCAACCUCAAGAAGCCGCCUGCAGAUCUCCGGGUGCGUGCUGUUGCAGAUCCUCUCAGCAGCCCAACGGCAGACGGUGCACGGCUUCGACCAGUGAAGCAGGAUGACAUGGUGCUCGAGACUCUGAAGAUGCAAGAGAUGCGGUACUACAAGGUGGCUGUGCCCAGCAGGCCCGUGGUGGUGACCGUGACGGUGACCAAAACAUCAGGCGUUAUGCCGUGUUUGUGGGGUUCUACACUGAACAGGAGGCCCAACAACAUGGACAACGACUACAAGGGGAAGGAUGACAAGCUCGUGUAUGAGCAUGCGGUGCUUCCCAGCGAAGGGGAGGAAGUGAACGAUGCGAAGCGUGUCACCGCGCCUUCUUGCCGGGAGUUCUACUUCUCCUUGGAUUCGCACCGGGGCGAGUGCACCUUGAAAUUUGUGGUCACGUUCAGCAACUUCAAGAUCAAGGAUGAUGUAUUUUCACCAAAGGCACGGGCACGUCGCGGCUGGGAGGCGAGGCUGGCGGAAGUGACCAAAACUCCUCAGAGCCGCGAAGAGUUCGAAGAGCGGCUGCAAGCGAUGCAGAGCAAACGUCGGCAAAAGAUUGAAGAAAUCAGCCGUGGCCAGAACUUCCUUGAGGCCAACCAGCUGAGGCUGGCCUGUGAGACCUCGCCUCAACGGCACGUGCAGCUGCAGAAGCGCGCUUUGCUUGCCUGCCACCGGCGAGAUGUUGCCUUCCUUCGGCGGGAACGCUUGGAAGAGGAGAAGGAGGAGCGCCAUGUUCAGUGGAUGAGCCGAGCAGAGAACAAGCGCCGUGAACGCGAGCAGCAGGAACUGCAACAGUCCCUGCAGCUCGAGAUGCAGAUGCGCCAGCAGUCCUGGCUCACAAAGAUCUUCACGGCAUCCUUUGUGAAGACCGUGGCCGGGCAAUUCCAGGAGCGGCGGACAGAGCUGGAGAAACUGAGAAGGGAGUUUGCAUCUGCCACAGUGCUGGAUAGUCUCUUCAGGCGCACGCUGGUGAGGAAGCGCCGGAACAUGAUCUGGAGGAAUGCCAUCAAGCUCCGCAUGGCUAUGACUGUCUAUGCCCGGACAGUCCUGCCAAUGGUCAAAGCACUCUCUGCGCCCCUCAUUACGGACUUCCUCACGAAGAAUUCCUUCAGCAAGGAAGCACCCAGUAUCCAUUCCGUCUUCUCUCACUACCGGGCUAGCGUGAUUCGCAUCCAGCACUUCUGGCUCGGCAUCCGGAUGGCACGGAAGGCCUACCUGCAUGUUCUGCUCCCAGUCUGGACUACCUGCGAAAGGAAGGCCUGCGAGACGUACCACAAGGACCAGGAAGCAGCGGCGCGCGCUGCAGCCAAGGCCCAGGAUGAGAAGAUGGCACAGAUUGAAGGUGUGCUAGAUGGCAAGGAGGGCAAGCGAACACCACGUAGCAGCCGGCCGGAAAGCAAAGAUCGGGGCGCCAACAAGGACGCGAAGAAGAGGGUUCGCACGACGCUGUUCCAGGUCACCGAUGUGCAACUGCCGGUUGAAGAAGACUUGCCGGGCUACAUCACGCAACUGGCGAUCUACAGCCACAUUGCCGACAUGCAAUGGAGCUUUCCGGCUCGAGUGAAGCAAUGGGAGGCGUCCAUGCAGCAGGCUAAGGACACCGCCGAGGUCGAGAACUUCCUGGUGACCAGCGAAGGCGAGAGCUCCAGCAUGAAGCAGCUCCGCAUGAGCCGGCCCCGCAAGAUCUAUGUGGACGAGGAAGAAAUCAUGGCCUUGGUGAGGAGAACUCUAGACAGCUGGCACAGAGGCGGCUUCGUGCAUGUGAAGGCGAAUCGCUUGCGAGUCCUGCGCUUCGGCUGGCGCGCCUUCCUUUCAGAGCGAAUGAAGAGCAACAUGAGCAGCGCAGGCAGCCCGGGGCGCCAUGCCACGGCCCGGAGCGGAGAGCGGCGAAAGGAACGCGGAGAGCGGCAGAUGAAGAAGGCCCAAUCCACGGUGCAGCCAGAUGAAGGUGACAACGAGUGA